UCUGUGCGUCCCAAGCGGCCAGGAUGCUGCGUCACACUGCGCAUGCCCAGCACCAUUGAAUUCAGCGACUGUAUUUCCUGCUCUCUGUUACCUCCUUGCAGCGAUGGCUCAAGUCACAGCUUCUCUUCUUUGCGGAGCCGUCGUCGCCCUGCUGAGUUCAGCGGUGCUGGCGGUGGUCGAAGACCUGGAUCAGACAUUUAAAGACACCCGCAUGAAUGAUAUCUGGCUGGUCGAUUUCUACGCGCCAUGGUGCGGCUACUGUAAGAAGCUGGAGCCCGUCUGGGCCGACGUGGGGGCUGAGCUCAAGGCCUCCGGGUCACCGGUCCGCGUGGGCAAGAUGGACGCCACGGCCUACUCUGGCAUGUCUUCUGAGUUCGGGGUUCGUGGAUACCCCACGAUCAAGCUACUAAAGGGGGAGCUUGCCUAUAACUACAAGGGACCCCGGACAAAAGAUGACAUUGUUGAGUUCACCAACAGGGUAUCAGGGCCAGCCGUGCGGCCUCUUCCCAGCAAGCAGAUGUUUGAACACAUGUUGAAACGACAUGACGUGCUCUUUGUGUACGUGGGCGGAGAAUCCCCGCUAAAAGAGAAAUACAUUGACGUUGCCACCGAGCUCAUCGUGUACACCUACUUCUUCUCCGCCUCUGAAGAGGCCUUGCCAGAGUCGAUGGCCCUACCGGAGAUCCCCUCUGUGGCGGUGUUCAAAGACGGCUCCUACUUCACGUACGAUGAGUAUGAGGACGGCAGCCUGUCCUCCUGGAUAAACAAAGAGCGUUUCCAAGGUUACCUGCAGAUUGACGGCUUCACUCUGUAUGAGCUGGGGGAAACAGGUAAAUUGGUGGCCAUCGCCGUCAUCGAUGACAAGGAUCCGUCGGAUGAGUGCAUCAGAUUGAAGUCGCUCAUCCAGAUGGUUGCGAAGGACUACAGGCAACACUUUAACAGGGACUUCCAGUUUGGACACAUGGACGGAAGCGACUACAUCAACAGCCUUAUCAUGGGUGAGGUGAAGGUCCCCUCGGUCAUCAUCCUCAACACGUCCAACGAGCAGUACUUCCUGCCGGACGGACCCACGGAGACCCUGGAGGAUUUGGUCAGCUUCAUCACCGGCGUCCUCAACGGCUCCGUCCAGGCGUACGGAGGGGAUGGGAUCGUCCAGAGGGUGAAGCGUAUUGCGUUCGACGCCAGGUCCACCAUCAUGUCGGUGUUCCGCAGCUCCCCGGUGCUGGGCUGCUUCCUGUUCGGCCUGCCGCUGGGCGUCAUCAGCCUCAUGUGCUACGGCAUCUGCACCGCCGACUCGGACCCCGACGCCGGCGACAUGGAGCUCAUGAAGAGGGAGGGCUUCACCGACGAAGAGGAGGAGGAGGAGGAGGAGGACGAAGAGCAACGCCGGACGGCCCAGAUCGAGGGCCCCGAGAACGACGAAGAGGAGGAGGAGGGGGAAGACGAAGAGGAGGAGAAGGCCCCCGAGCAAAAGAAGACGGAUUGAUGCGGGAUGGAGAUGGGGCGGGGCUUGCCGGGAAUGGGGGCGAGGUCUGUCCAAAAGGGGGGGCGUCGCCCGCCAGAUGGGGGAGGACGGGCGGUUCUGGUCGGUGGAACGCGGAGACAUGAACGCCAGAGACUAAAUCAGCCUGCUGUUGUUUCUGUUGGUUUGUUUUCAUGUACUGUAUCUCCCCGCCCUCCCAUGCCAAAGUAGCCGAAAGCCCCCCGGAAAAAACACAAUUGACAUCUGUUACCAACCCGUAGCGUAGAUUUAAAGAUGACUAAUAGCAGGUCACCAAUAGAAGAGAGGAAUUGUGAGGUCCUCAAAAGCUAGCUUAUUGAUCAUGGUGUGUGUGAGGCCAUGUCUCAAACCCCUGCUGUUGCUCCAUGGCCCUGAGGCUAACCACAGUGGUGGAGACUUCCAGGUUCAGAGAAUGUAAAGUCUUGCCAUGUUUCCUUCUCUUUUUUUUUUAAUCAAUCAUUGCAAUAAACCGACGCGUUUUACUCCGUAAUUAGAGCUCCAAUUUGUGCUAAAUUAUUGAAUCAACAAGGUUGACUUGAGAUCCUUCGCGUUCAGACUUUCAUUUUCGAGACGUGGAGUUUACCUCUGCUCUGUAAAUACUGUACUACUCUUUAAUACGUUUGCCACAGUUUGAUUCAUACGGUUGUCUUGCCUUUUAACUCAGAUACGAGAUGCGAAUUCCUUGACCUUGAAGUCUCUCCAGGUCUGUCUUGAACUGUAAGCUAUUUAUAGACAAUAAUCUAAGCCCAGCAUAGGCAAAUCUGCCAUUAAUAGCACAUUUUUCCCUCUCUAUUGUAUGUUCUGAGAAUAGAUUAUCGAUCCUCUAAGGACGCAGUUGUGCUUUUCCUGUCCAUUCUUAUCUCGAAGAGAGGUAGAGAGGAGAUACUUUCAGAAUACAUUUUGUGGAGACAAAAUUCCUUAAUUCCUUAACUGACUGGGGAGGACUUCUGGGGGAAUGCGGUAACCAUCACUGUCUUUAUUAAAUCGAUGAAUUAACCACAAGGAAAAUGCACUGCGAUUCGAUUAUGUCUGUUUGUGUCUCUAAGAUUUAAAAUGAAAGAUUGUCAAUAUUCUUCUUCAGACCUGGUCUUGAUAAAGGUCAAAGGUUAGACAAAACGAGUGUGCACAUGGUAUUGUUGUGCACAGGGUUAUUACCGUUUCAUGUGGAGCUACGUCGAUCCAUGGCACAAGUCACGCAUUAAAUUUAGCAUGCAAAAAAAGUUUUUUAGAAAGCAGCGCGUUCUCUCCCGGUACUGCUUUGAACGUACAGCUCGAAACCCAAGUAUGAUCCGUUGGAGUUUUUGAAGUUUUGGUUAAUUCACAGGGAGUGCUUUAAUUCUUUUCUUUUUUAAUCGAGCGUUCCACUUGAGGACAUGGGUAUUGAAUGUCUCAGCUUUCUCCUGGAUGUUAUGUGAAAUCAGAAGAAAAAACAUCCUAACUUUUUUAACCCUUUUGAAAAAAGCAUUGCUGGGCAGUUGAAACAUUGAUCCUUGUUUUUAAACUGACCAGUGAACGCCCCUCUGCCCCAUCUGCUCCUCCUGCUGGGAAGCUGUUGGUUUGGGCCUGCCCUUACGCUCUCUGUAAUUGCCUCCAUAUCUCUGCCAGGUGUCCUCCAUAUUGCUCGGAAAUUGAGGCUGUCAACACACACUUUAAUACUGGUUUGAAGAAUUGAAAUAAAGAUUGUCCUCUUUUUGUC